GCUGCAAUCGUCGGUUUCUUUCAAACAUUCGUUUUCUUAGUUCUGGACAGAUUCAACUGUUGGAAACUAAUUUCAACGUUCGUUCCAUAGAAGAAUGUACAAAGUCUUUGUCGUUAGCAUUUGCGUUUUUCACCUUUCCUCUGUACUCUAUGCCAUUGAGGGACCGGUGUCCUUGGAUCCUAAAAUGAAUAAACCUGAUGAGAAGAAGUUCAUUCCGACUAAAGAGUGGCAAGUUGUAGCUGAAGGCCAAGGGAUACCCCCAGGCUUGCAUGUCAGAAUUGAUAUGCAAACUGGGGUAAAAGAAGCCAAAUUGCUAGAGGAAGGAAACAAUGGAGGAAGUCCAAAUUCAGCCUUAAUGAACACAGUACCUAGUGUAGAAGAUAAAAAGGAAGAAGUCAAACCUGAGCUUGACUAUUCAGAAAUCAAAGAAGCAUUAAAAAAGAUUAAGAGUGAUGCCAAAGAAACCAGUGAAGGGAACAUCGGCAAGGGCUUUAGAACUUAUGAGGAGAUCAAAGAGGAAAUGAAGAAAAUUGAACAGAGCAUCAAAACUGAAUAUGAGAUUGUCAAGGAACUUGUUGCAAAAUAUUUGAGCACAAAAGAGGAUUUGGAACGCCAGGUCAUUCUGAGCGAUCUGGAAUUCUACGUCCACCAGUAUGACAAUGCCCAGGAUUUUGUAAAAAUGGGGGGUUUCAGUGAUGUUGUGCUCCCUGCUCUGAAUUCUACUAACAAAGAUUUACGGAGCUCUGCAGCCUUCUUAUUAGGCUCAGCUUGUCAAAGUAACCCGAAAGCCCAAAUUGCUGCAGUGGAACGAGGUGUUCUUCCUCAACUGAUCAGGCUCGUUUCCUUCGAUCCGAAUCCCGACGUCCGUAACCGUGCACUGUAUGCAAUCUCCAGUAUUAUUCGCCAUUUCCCAUUAGCCCAAAAAGACUUCAUUAACCACGGAGGAAUGACGGCCUUUGCUGAUAUCUUUCUCGCCGGCUCGGCAGAUUCCCUUAAGCUACAGUUGAAAAUCGUCACACUACUAGGCGAUAUCAUUUUGGAAAAGGACAUGGCAGCGCAGCGUUUGGAAGACUUCACUAAGGGCGGCUUGAGUGAAAGUACGAACGAGGCGGAGAAGGUCAUGUUGGCGGAAAAAUUGCGCCAAUACGAGGCGGCUGGCGUCGAGAAAAUGCUAGUCGAGCAGAACUUUUGCCGCCUAUUGCCUCGGCUUUUGACAUCCAUUGGCACUGUUGAUGAUAAACAGGCGCGCAUGGAAGAUUUGAGUUUCAUACAAGGCCGUCCUUUGAGAGAAGAACACGACGUUAUCGAGAAGGUUCUUCAAGCAAUGUUGAUUCUAGCUCGAUCAUGCCGGACGGAUUUCCAAUCUGUCCGCAACCAAAUUCAAACCUUGGGAGAAAGGUACCAGGAGUUAAAAAAUGUGGAGCAGGCCGAAAUGAGUUCGAGGACUUUAGACGGCGAAAAAGAUUCCAUAGAUUUAUACUACAGCAAAAUUCAUGACAUGUGUCAGCAAUUGUGGAUGCAAUUGCAGAAAGAUGAACUUUGAAUAUUCAAUCGUUGUAUUUACUAAAUUAAUUGUUAUAAAGGCAGACUGGUUCCUUUUUCUUACGUAAACACGACUCUUCGAUCGUGA